AUGGUUAAGGCUGGAGAAUUUGAAGUUGUUUUUCGCCACCUUGACGAAAAUGGUGAUGGGAAGGUUUCGCCAUCUGAGCUAAGUCACCGUCUAGGUUUGAUAGUUGGAGAGUUACCCAUGAAAGAAGCAGAACUUGCUGUGAAGUCAUUGGACUCGGACGGAGAUGGCUUGUUGGGAUUGGAGGAUCUUGUUAGACUAAUGGAAGCAGGAGGAGAAGAAGAGAAGUUGCACGAUUUGAGGGAGGCUUUCCGCUUGUAUGAUGAAGAAAAUUGUGGGUUUAUCAGAGCCAAGGACUUGAAAAGAAUGCUUGGUAGACUUGGCGAGUCAAAAUCGAUUGAUGAAUGCAGAGUGAUGUUAAACAAGUUUGACCUUAAUGGGGAUGGUGUUCUUAGCUUUGAAGAAUUUAUGGUUAUGAUGAAAUGA